AUGGCACUACCAUACCCGGCCACACCGGCACACGGCACCGAGGUGACAGGGGAAGCCUCGGUUCGCGCCUAUAUCGACAACACCCUCUGCGCGUUGUUUCAUGAACUAUCACUGCCAGCGUCAGUGGGUCGACCGUCGGUCACCCUACGACGCAGGACCAAUGCUACGGCAUACAGAAUCAAUUCCGUCACUGGAGCUCUUGAAGCUGUUGGGCCUGAAGCUUCUAACCGCACCUACUAUUGGCCAGGAAACUCUGCGUUUGAGGCAUGGAGGUUCAGUAUGAGCGAUCCUUCUGCCAGCUACUUGCUUUACCUCUAUUUUUCUGAUGCUGUCGCGCGAUGUGAUCAUCGGCUAAAAUUGAAUACCUCGAAUAGCAGUGAUAAUUCGAAUUCUUACUGUGAUCGAUGA